CCUACAACAACAGCGCCACCGAGACGCUGCCCGCUGUAAUUAUUGGUAGCCACCUCUUCAAAUGCGAACACUAUCAAGCAGCGCGGGUCCAUCGGCAUCACCGCUCUUAAUAUCCUCUGGGGUAAACCCCGCUUCCACUCCUGCCAGUACAUCAUCGGCAAGACCUGUUGCGACCCCAGCCGCAAUAGCAACACCAAAUGCUAUGUCCGCCUCGGAGUCGAUUGCGAGAAAAACGCGCUCUCAGAGCGCAAUAAAACGAUCGGUUGUGAUCAGGCCAUUGCCUACAAAGCGGUCCAAAGCUCAACGCUCCUGCAUGGACCUUGUCAUUAACGAGCCGGGCAGGGACCUGUCUGCCGGAGUUUCUGGCUGGUAUGCUCGAACGAGAUUUUGGGAAAGAACUAAGCUGCUGCAAGUAUUUGCUUGGAGACACCGAUUCGGCGAACAGAACUCUGACAAGCAUUAUGCAAGUGCCGUUAAUCAAUUGCGCUAGUCACCGACUUACCCGGGCCGUCCAGCAACACCUCACUAACACGAUGAAGACUCAUCUGCUGUGCAAGCCCUGGUGUCGAAGUUGCGGACGCUGAAACAGUAAGCGAAACUUCGGUUUGAGACUCCGCUUCGACCAAUAAUUCGCCAGGAUACUCGCUGGGGGUCAACUUUCGCGAUGAUGCAUCACAUCGGGACGUUUUGUCAAGUUACUAUUGCUUUUGUGCUAUUUACUGACUACUAUAUAUGUAUACAGGCCCUCGGGCGAGCAUUGUUCACAGCCCUGACUUUGAAUCGGGCUGUGUCCGGGUGCU